CUGACACUGACACUAGCAAAGAGAAUAUAGGUAUUAUUUUUCUCUUUGUCUAUCAGUCAAAAUCUUAGGCAGAGUUUAUAUGUUUAUAAAAAGUUUCAGUUUACAUUCAAAAUAUUAAUUGAUGUGUUUGCAUUCUAACAGCGUGAUUAUUUGUUUCAUCUGUAUUUAUUUCUUAUUCACCACUUCAUAACGAUAUGGACCUCAACAGACUUCCUAAUGAUAAGAAACUGCAACUCUGUCGAUGGUAUUUCAAAGUUGGCUGCGUCUUUCUACCUUUUGUGUGGGCUGUGAAUGCAAUAUGGUUUUUCAGGGAAGCUUUUUUGAAGUCUCCAUUUGAAGAACAAAAACAGAUCAAGAAAUAUGUUUUGCUGAGUGCAUCAGGGGCGCUGGUGUGGGCGGUGGCCCUUAUAGCAUGGGUCACUGUCUUCCAACUGCAACGGGCUUCAUGGGGUGCGACGGGAGAUGCUCUAUCAUUCAUAGUACCGCUAGGACGAGCAUAAUGCAAUAUGACAACUCCUCUACAACAAUUUCAAACACUUUUAG